AUGUCCUUUAACGAUUUGGAGCAGGGCCUUGGCUCUCCCAAUACUUCUAGAAUUACACCAAAUACAACAGUUUUCGCAUCAGAUGAUGAUCGACAGUAUAAAGACCUAACACAGCGCAUUGCACAACAGAUAUUUCAUAUCAAUGGAAACAUAAGCAACAUUGAGCGACUUGUCAAUCUCCUCGGUGGUCCUCGAGAUACCAGCGAAAUUCGCGGAAACUUACACGAUGUUACGAACGCUACUCGUGACCUUAUCAAAGACUCUACACAAGACUUUAAAUCAUUAUCAACUUGCCAAUCUCUGGAUUCUAAAAAAACUAGACAACGUAGACUAGAGCAACAGAAGUUAUCAAAGGAUUUCCAGAAGGUACUGUCCAGCUUCCAAAAAGCUCAGAGGUUAUCUGCAAGUAAGCAGCGAGAAUAUGUCGAUAAAGCAAAGGCAACAACUGUGAUGCUUCAAUCUCAAGCUGUAUCUAAUGAGGAAGAGCUGGAAGAGGAACAGCAUCAUGGAUCAUUGAUGGAUACGCAACGCCAAAUGCAAUUAGAGGCUUUAGAUAAUGAGAUCGAAUAUAAUGCGCUCCUAAUUACAGAGCGAGAGGACGAAAUACUGAAUAUCGAGCAGGGUAUAACUGAACUCAAUGAAAUUUUCCGCGAUAUGGGCAUGCUGGUCAAUGAACAAGAAAGCGGUAUUCAGAGUAUCUAUGGCAAUGUGUUGAACAUUGCACAAAAUACCAGACAAGCCGCUGAUGAGCUUGUGAUUGCAAAUCGUCAUCAAAAAAGUGCAAGAAGAAACAUGUGCUGCUUCCUCUUGAUCAUUACUAUUGUGGGUUGCGUUUUAGCUCUCAUUAUUGUUAUUGCAAAAUAA